UACUAUCUCUGGAAAUUUUCACUUGUCCAUAAUUGAUUACAAGAAUCAGUCUACAGUUUGUGCUUUUACUAUAAAGGAAGGAUUUUUUUUAGUGACAAUGGCACUGGGUAUCAAAGAAGAACAUCAAUUCGGAUUUUACAACAAUCUUAGACUGAGAAUAUUUCAAGUUCAUGAUGGGAACCAGUUAAGAUACCUGGAAGGAGAACAGAACGUGGAACUGAAGUGUUGCCAUCCGUGCAUUGAACCAGUUAUUAACAAUUUUCAAGCUGUUUUGAUGUUCCAGAAUCCUGAACAGAAAACGACAGCAAUUGAAAAACUUGAAAAGGUUCGUGAUGACUACAGCAAAAAUUUAAAUAUCCAAGCAAAUCUUGCAGAAAUGUAUAGACAGACGAAACAGACAAAAAGAGAAGAGGAUUGCAAGAAAAACAUAGAACGAAUUCUCCAUUCCCCCGAUCGAGACAUCGAAAAAGCCAGAAGUUUGGCAGAACAAGGAUACAUUUUGAUGAUAGACUUACAUUCAGAGACGACCGAUAGUCCUGAGAAAAAGAUCUUGGACUUCAAGGAUCAAGUAAAAGAAAUGUUGGAGUCCUCAAGAGGUCGUAUUCAAGACGCAGGAUGUAGGAGUAUUCUAAAAGACGUAACGACAAUUCAGAAAAAGCUGCUGGGUUUGCAUACAAACUGCCACAAAGAAACGACCCAAGAGAGGAAACGGGCAGUUCAAAAAUUAGCAGAAGCCAUUCGAAUUUUUGAAAACAUCAAACAAAACGACAACACAAUAUCGACGGAAGUUAAUGUUUGGAAGCAUUAUCUUGGUAAAGCAUAUCACAGAUUGAGUGGUGGAAGUGAUGAAAUAUUAUCAGGACUAGAUAAAAAGAUAUACAUUAAGAAAGCAGUUGAUUCUUUUGAACAGGUAGUCGUUCAUUUCCAAUCCACGGUUACCAAUGACAAAGAGCCAAUAAUUCUUGCAAGAACGUAUGCUUAUAUCGCCUGUAUUUACAUUCAGAAAAAACACAGAAUAAAAUCAGAUGAACAUUUAGGAAAACUGAAAGUAAAAGACAUUAUUGCAUUACAAGAGCCGAUGCGAAUAGCAGCCCUUGCAGAUCAAAUCUGCAUUAAACAUCCCGAUCGAGUUACUUUCAACAGACUUGGUAUGUUGCAAGCAUGGGAAAAAGAAUGGCCGAAAGCGGAAGAGUAUUACAACAAAUCUAUAGUUGUGUGCAGUGACUACAACUGGUUUGCCUACUCCUUACUUUGCCAGCUUUAUUUAGAUAAACAUGUUGACCGCUUUAAGGUUGACAAACAAGAGUCUAGAAAUUCAGCAGAAUUAAAAAAAGCCAAAGAAUAUGGAAAUAAAAGUCUCGACAAGAGAAAAACCAGCAUCACACUAUGCAGACUGGCUAAAGUUUGCAAAUACAUGGGAGAAUGGAAUGAGGCAAUCAGAUAUCUUCAUACUGCUCUCUGUAGCCACGAGUGUGACAAGCAUCAUGAAUUAUAUGCAAUCUUGGCAUACUGCUUGUACCAAACUAGAAAUUUUGAGGGUGCAGUUCAUGUAAUGAAAAUAGCCAUCACUAUAGAGCCUAAAAAUCAAAAAGAUCCAUUGAAUUUUAGACAAUUUCUGGAAUAUUUAUUGGAAGAGUUUAGAGUUAACUUCAAAAAGUCAAAGGGACAGAUUUGGCAAAGAAAAAAGAAAGAUUUAGAAGAGAUAUGCUGUGUUCUUGAAGAAGCAUACAGAAAGCAUAAGCAGAGGAUCAAGUACCAGUGGAUAAAUGUGAUUAAUAACUACCCACACGAGACUGUCGAGGUUAUAGACACAUUGAUUAAACAGACAUCAAGUGAAAGAAGAGACACUUUGAUUAAAAUGGGAUUGAAAGCUUUAAAGCACCACAAAGGAGAACAUGUCAAGGAACGUGCAAGGAGACUGGAAGAGAAAAGAAUGACCAAUCAUACCCCUCAAGAUACAGAAGUUUCAAUAGACCAUACCUCCAGACAAAUAUCCGGAAAUUUUACAACAACUGAUGAAGAGUAUCUUUUCGACUAUUAUGUUCUUUUUGGUCCAUCAGAAAGAUCAUGGGUAGAAAAUAUUUUCCUGGAUGUAAUUGGAAAAGAUUUCCACAUGACAGAAUCAAUUUUAGAAGGUCUAGCUUACAAAUCUGGACACACUACUGAAGAUAUCUUCAAAAAAUGCAGAAUGUUUGUAUUUGUCAUUUCUGAGGAUUUCAAAACAACACCAAGAAUUACUGAUCUUGCUCAAAAACUCAAAACCCUGUGCAUCGAUAACAAGGAAAAAAGAAUUAUUCCUGUAACAAGAGAUACAACAAUGCCCGACUUUUUGAAUACUUUAGAACCCGGUCAUGCAGAUGAUAUAUUUACAAUCAGAAGUGCCAUACUUUUAGGAUUGAAUGAAAGACAAGACUUGAAUGAUGACGAUGGUGAUGCUGAUGAAGAGGACAACACCAGUGAUGAGGAGAAAAUGGAACAAACAGAUGAAACUUCAACAAACCAAAGAACAGAGAGUGAAUAAUGCAUUCAGGUUUCAAGUGACCGUAAUAUAUGCAAUUGCAUUUGUAAAUCAUUUUUAGUUUUUACUUGAAGCUGUAGCACUAGUUGUAUGAUAAAAACAAGAAACGUUUUUUGGACAAAUAAGAUCCUAUACCUGAUGGUGUUACACAGUAAUGAUAGAAAAUUCCAAAAUAAGAUUUUUGAACAGUAUCUUACAACCAAUACAAGUAACCAAAUUGUAUGUUCUUGGAGUUUUUUGCAAAUAGAAAAACAAUUUCUUUUCAUCAAAUUAGAAAACGAAAGUGAACAAUUCAAAUGUGACUCCUUUUUUUACUGUUGAUUUUUGUUGUAAUCGUUAUUAGUUUCUAAGCUAGA